CCGACCACACUCCACUGCCCACUCAUCUAGCAUUUGAGGCCCUUCCCGAUUUCUGUGCAUAUUGCUGUCCCACAGCUGGUCUCUGUCGCGCCGCAGCCAUGUCGCAAAUACACGCCAUGUCCGACGACCAGGUCAACAACGAGCUCCGCAAGAUGACUGCCUUCAUCCGGCAGGAGGCGCUGGAGAAGGCACGAGAAAUCCACCUCAAGGCCGACGAAGAAUUCAGCAUCGAGAAGUCGAAGCUGGUGCGCUCAGAGACCUCCCGAAUCGAUAGCGAGUACGAGAAGAAGUUCACGCAGGCCGGCAUGAGCCAGCAAAUCACCAAAUCCACCCUCGCCAACAAGACCCGACUGCGCAUUCUGAGUGCACGACAAGAGCUGCUGGACCAGCUGUUUGAGGAUGCCAACAAGAAGUUGUCGGAAAGCGCCACCAAGGACAAGUCCAAGUACGAGAAGGUCCUCAAGGACCUCAUUCUCGAGGGCUUGUAUGCGUUUGUCAACGAGAAGAAGGUCACACUGAGAUGUCGGAAGAAGGAUGACGAUGUCGUCAAGAAAGCUGCGGAUAAGGCAAAGGAGGAGUUCAAGAAGAACAUGAAGAAUGAUGUGGAAAUUCAGGUGGACGACAAGGAGCGCCUGCCCGAGGACUCCGCUGGAGGGGUCAUCCUGCUCAACAGCACUGGCAAGAUCGACAUCAACAACACAUUCGAGGAGCGAUUGCACCUGUUAGAAACAGAUGCUCUGCCUGCCGUGAGGGCGACUUUGUUUGGCGAGAACGCGAACCGCAGAUUCAAAGACUAGGCGAUCUUGUUUGACCUUUGCCGAAAGCUACAAAACAAGACAUACAAGGGCGCGCAUACUUCACGAGAGGAGACUUGCAGCAUUGGUCGUACGAAAAAUCCGCUCUUGCUGCAUCUUUCUCUCAGGACGCGGAUGGAAAGGUUCUACCAUGUCAGGGAGAUUUGAAUGUAAAACUGCACAUAGUACCAACUGCAACCACGCAUUGUAGUAGU